AUGGUGGCCUCUGCUGGGCCCGGCAGACCAGAGCAGAGCUCGACAGACCGCCCGGGAGUACAGAGCGAGAGGCUGCAGCGCCUGAAGUUUCCAGCACCUACGGAACAGCUGUGGCGUCUGCAGGGGCUGGCCAUGCCCAGUGGAGCAGCAGCGCCCCCUAGAGGAGAACAUGGGACUCGGCGAAACAACUGCAUGCCGGUCCAGAAGCAGCGGUAA